UAUACCUACAUAUUAUGAUGCGGAUGAUUCGGUUGUCGCACCAGAUACAUAUGAAAAACGUGCCAUUAUCCCAGUUGUACCCUCAGACCUUCAAAUCAAAAAUCUGCCAUCUGAUCCUUUAAAAAAGACUGUUAUGCUAAAUGCAAGUCACAGAAGUGGUGCUGGAUCCCAAAGAGCUCAGAAAGGGAAGAAGUCUUAUUCAUGUUCAGAAUGUGACAAAUGUUUUACUCAUAAAUCAUAUCUUGUGAGGCAUCAGAAUAUUCACACAGGGGAGAAUCCGUAUUCAUGUUCAGAAUGUGGCAAAUGUUUUACUCAGAAAUCAAAUCUUGUGAGGCAUCAGAAUAUUCACACAGGGGAGAAUCCGUAUUCAUGUUCAGAAUGUGGCAAAUGUUUUACUCAUAAAUCAUAUCUUGUGAGGCAUCAGAUAGUUCACACAGGGGAGAAGCCGUAUUCAUGUUCAGAAUGUGGCAAAUGUUUUACUGUAAAAUCACAUCUUGAGAGGCAUCAGAAAAUUCACACAGGGGAGAAGCCGUAUUCAUGUUCAGAAUGUGGCAAAUGUUUUACUCAGAAAUCAAAUCUUGAGAGCCAUCAAAGAUAUCACAUAGGGGAGAAGCCGUAUUCAUGUUCAGAAUGUGGCAAAUGUUUUACUGAGAAAUCACAUCUUAAGAGCCAUCAAAGACAUCAUACAGGGGAGAAGCCGUAUUCAUGUUCAGAAUGUGGUAAACGUUUUGCUAGGAAAUCAAUUUUUCAUAACCAUCAGAGAAUUCACACAGGGGAGAAGCCAUUUUCAUGUCCAGAAUGUGGAAAAUGUUUUGCUUUGAAUACUCAGCUUGCUGAUCAUUUAAAAAAUCACACAGGGGAGAGGCCAUUUUCCUGCCCAGAAUGUGGAAAAUGUUUUGCUCAUAAAUCAGUUCUUAAGGUUCAUCAGCUUAUUCACACAGGAGAGAAGCUAUUUUCAUGCCCAGAAUGUGGGAAAUGUUUUACUCAGAAUGCAUCUCUUUAUAAACAUAAGAAAAGUCACACAGGAGAGAAGCCAUAUUCAUGUUCAGAAUGUGGGGAUUGUUUUAGCCAGAAAUUUUAUCUCCAGAGCCAUCAGAGAAUUCACACAGGGGAGAAGCCAUACCAUUGUUCCGAAUGUGAGAAAUGUUUUGCUAAAAAAGUAUCUCUUCUUAAACAUCUAAGAUAUCACACAGGAGAGAAGCCAUUUUCAUGCCCAGAAUGUGGGAAAUGCUUUGCUCAUAAAUCACUUCUUAAGGUUCAUCAGGUUAUUCACACAGGAGAGAAGCUAUUUUCAUGCCCAGAAUGUGGGAAAUGUUUUACGCAAAAUGCAUCUCUUUAUAAACAUAAGAAAAGUCACACAGGAGAGAAG